CGCAAACGGUCCAUCUCCAGAGAAUAUACAGCAAAACUCAUAUAUAACAAAAAUACAAUUCAAUAUCUCAGUUUUCAUUAUAUAUAUAAAUUCUGAUGAGUGCAUGUUUUCACUCUCCAACUCGGCAGCGAUCCACUGAGCCAACUCGGACGCCAUUGAAUUUCUCUCAGUACCGUGAACUUCUCUCUGCAUUCCCCACGCUUUAGCUCGGAGGCACGACUCGGCGACUGGAAUUCGUCGCGUUGAGGACAUUGAAUAAAAUGGUAAUUUUCCGGCAGACGUAGCCGGAGCUCCGGCCGGCGCGGUGCAGGGAAAUGUGGUGAUUGAAGGCAAAAUUGGUGAAUAUGUUCAAGCCGGGGCGAUGGUGGAGCGAGAAGAACAGAAUCAAAGUCCAUUUCAAGCUGCAGUUUCAUGCAUCUCAGGUUAUGCAGGUUGGAGGAGAUGGAUUUAUGGUUUCUGUUAUUCCUGCUGAAUCUGGGAAGCCGAGUGUGAAAUCGGACAAGGCCAUGGUUCGAAAUGGAAGCUGUUACUGGGAGAAGCCCAUAUUCGAAACCAUAAAGUUCAAUCGUGAUCUGAAAACGGGGAAGAUUCACGAGAGGCUGUACUACUUUGUUGUAGGCACGGGUUCAUCUAAAUCUGGAGCUGUUGGAGAAGUUUCAAUUGAUUUUUCGAACUAUGCUGAGGCAACCAGUGUCUCAUAUGUGUCUCUCCCCCUUAAGAAUUCAAAAUCAGAAGCUAUGUUGCAUGUGUCAAUUCAAAGGAUACACGAUUCUGUGGAUGAAAGAGAAAUCGAAGAACCUGAGAAUGUGAAAUUGGAUUCUGUAGAACAGGCGUUGAGCUUACAGCUAGGCGAGCUUGAUACAAAUGAAACUAUCACAACUGAUUCUACAGAUGAUACGCCAUUUAAUAAGCAAUUCUCCCCUCCUGAAGAAGUAAACACGAAACACCUGGCAUCCAGCGGAUCAGAUAUCACACUAUCAAGUUCCGAGGGAAGCUCGGGAAUCGAAACACAAUGGGAACUCCACAUGAACAACAAUGAUAACAGUACUUGUCAGGAUCCGAAAUUUGGUGGGCCCACACCAAUGUACAAAGAUCACCUCACAUCAUGGGAUUGGCUAGAUAAUAAUCCUACAGAUGAUAUUUUAAACAAUCCAAAAGAAGAAAUUUUUCUAGAGCAAGAAGACUCUUACUCAGAAGAGUCCCCAGAUAAUUUGGUACAGAAGCUGAAAGCUGACGUCUCAUCUCUAUCCCGUCAGGCAGCCAUGUCCGAACUGGAACUUCAGACUCUUCGUAAGCAGGUCGUGAAGGAAAGCAAAAGGGGCCACGACCUAUCUCAUGAAAUCGCUUUUUUAAAAGAAGAAAGGGAUUCGUUGAAGGGAGAAUGCGAAAAUCUCAAAGCAUCCCUCCACAGACGAACAAAUGGCGCACGAUCUGAUUCCCAGGCAGCAGUCAUUGAGGAACUCAAGCAAGAACUUAACCACACCAAGGAACUAAAUGCCAACCUCCAAAUCCAACUCCAGAAGACUCAGGAGUCGAACGCCGAGCUUAUUCUCGCCGUUCAAGACCUCGAUCAGAUGCUCGAGCAGAAAGACAGAGAUGAUAGAAAUGAUGGUGACGAAGAGCAAAAAGCGCUGGAGGACCUCGUGAAGGAACAUGAUAACGAAUCAAAGGAGCCGUACCUCAUGGAUCAGCAAAUCAUCGACCUUCUUGGAGAAAUCGAGAUCUACAAACAAGACAAAGACGAGCUCGAGGUCCAGCUGGAGCAGCUGGCGCUCGAUUACGAGAUCAUGAAGCAGGCCAAUCACGACCUGUCGAGCAGACUCGAGCAGAACCAGAUUCACGAACAACUCAAGAUUCCGUACGAGCUCGAGUCCCACAUCGAGACCCUCGAGAACGAACUCAAGAGACUUUCUAAAGAUUAUACGGACUCGUUCGCCAAAAUAAGCUCUCUCGAGGCACACUCGAGAAACUUGGAGGAGGAGCUCGAGAGGCGAGCGCGGGGAUUCGAGGAGGAUCUUGAAGGGCUCACACAGGCCAGAGUCGAGCAGGAACAGAGAGCCAUACGAGCAGAGGAGGCGCUGAAGAGGAUGAGGUGGAAGAAUGCAAACACGGCAGAAAGGCUUCAGGAGGAGUUCAGGAGGCUGUCGGUGCAGAUGGCUUCCACGUUCGAGGCCAAUGAGAAGCUCGCGACCAAAGCCAUGGCUGAGGCGAACGAGCUCCGUUUCGAAAAAGUCCGCCUGGAGGAAAUGCUGAGAUUGGAAAUUGAGGAAAAGGGGGCAGAAUUGGAAAAACAGAGAAAGAACGCCGAGGAUGCUCAGAGACUACUCUCGGACGAGAUUUUAAUGCUGAGGGAUGAGACUGAAGCACAUGUGGCGAAGAAUGUAAUUCUUAUGGAAGAGAUUGAGGAUAAGAAAAGGUUGAUGCGCGAGGUGGAAAGGAUGAGAGUAUUGGUUAAGGAAAAUGAGUUGCUCGUCGAGCAAGGGAAUGAUGAAAAGGCUGAGCUGGAGAAUAGGGCGGAGGAGUUGAACAAGGAAGUGGAUGAGAUGAGGUGUCUUCUGAGCGAAAAAGAGACUGUAGCGGAAAAUAUGAAGACCGAGCUAGGCAUGAUUCGAUCUCAGUGUGAAGAGCUGAAGGAAUCUCGACUGCAGGAUGAGGUGGAGAAGGAGAAAUUAAAGAAGCAAGCGAUGCAGUUAAAAAGUGAUCUUAAGAAAAGAGAGGAAGCAUUGAUUAGCAUGGAGAAGAAGUUAAAGGAUGGCAGUGGCCGAGGAAUGAAUGUUGAUGCUGUUAAAACUAAUUCGAAAACUAGCAAGCCUACUGCCCGUGUGUCCAAAGAGGUUGCGAGUCUCAAGGAGAGAAUAAAGUUCCUUGAGAGUCAAAUCAAAUCAAAGGAGACUGAUCUAGAAAUCUCGGCUACUGAAUUUCUAGACAAGGAAAAGGAUCUUCACAACAAGAUUGAAGAGUUAGAGGGGAGACUACGAGUAUUCCAAAGGACUGAUCAUGAAGUUGAAAAGAAUUUUCAGGAAUACAGAGACAAAAUAUCGAGUACGACGAGCAUAAACCGUGAAAAGAGCAAUGGUUUAUUAGAGGCGCAGAUAGAUUCCACGACAAAUACCACGUUUGUUGAAGAACUAAAUGACCAAAUGACAUUGCUGAAGGAGAAAAAUAAAUCAAUGGAAGAUGAUCUAAAGGAAAUGCAAGAGAGGUAUUUGGACAUAAGCCUCAAGUUCGCAGAGGUCGAGGGCGAAAGGCAACAGCUCAUAAUGAAACUACGUAAUCUCACGAAUGGAAACAAAUAGACCAUAAAUAUUUGAUAAAUGCUGUUCAGAUCAUCAUCAGUUACUUGGUAAGUUAAGCAGCCCGGAGCCUCGAUAACUUGAUAUUCAUGAGUUUAUUUGCAAUUGCAUUGCAGAAUAAAUGUUUUUGUAAAUUGCUGAAAAUAUAUGCUUGCUCCUAAGGUCACAUAUUUCUUGAUUCCUUCAUUUCAUUAUAUUUGUGAUAUAUAUAAGAUCAAAACCAUGAGCCUUUUUUACCCUGUUGUGUGAUGUGCAUGAAGAACUACUAUUUCUUUUAUUCAUAGCUUAGUUCUCUAUCUUUCC